AUGGACACGUGGCAAAAGCGAGUUGAAGUGAAAGAAGUGAAUAUGGACGAUUACUAUAUCAUCAAUGAAAUUGGGAAAGGGAAGUAUGGGACGGUGUACCAAGCCCUAGAAAAGACCAGUGGGAAGAUAAUAGUGAUUAAGAAGUCGUUUGGUGACAAGUGUGACAACUUGAAGAAAGAGGAAAAGAUCAUGGGGAUGUGUCAUCAUCCGAACAUAUUGAAGUGCUAUGGUUUUGGAAGUAUCAAAAGCACAUUAAACAGUGAGGAAGGGUGUUGUUUGUGUGUCGAGUAUUGUCCGUUAGGUGAUUUAACGAAGUACGUCGAGAAGCGGCAAUUCAAGAAUUAUACGUUGAGUCCCUUUGAGGUCAAAGAAACGUUUGGACAGAUUUUUGCGAGUUGCUCUUAUCUUCGGAAGACGUUUGGGAUCAUCCACCGAGACAUCAAACCCGAGAACUUUUUAGUAUUUGAGGAGUGUCCCAUGAAGAUUAAGAUGUGUGACUUUGGCUUUGCGACAAAGACUCUGAAGAAGAUGGUGCAUGGAGUGGGGUCACCUUUAUAUGCUGCUCCUGAGAUAGUGAAGGGAAUGGAAUACACCGAGAAGUGUGACUUAUACUCUCUAGGGUUAGUUCUCUAUUUUUUAAUGACAGGGAAGUACCCCUUUAAUGUGAACAAUUUGAAUGAACUGAAAGAACGAUUUGAAGGGGAAGAAGAUAUUGUGUUUGAGAGGAAAGAAGAUGGAUUAGACGACGCGAAAGACUUUGUAAGGAAUAGUGUUGUCUUUGACGAGAUGAAACGAAUGGGAUGGGACGAGGCGGAGAACCAUCGGUUGCUUGUGGAAACGACGAAGUGA